AUGGCGACGAGGCAUCACCAGGCCGCGGCUGCCGCUCCGCAGCCGGCGAACCGAGGCGCCGUAGUCCCGACAGGAAAGCAGAAGGCCGCCGCCGGCCGAACUCGGCAGCCGCUUGGAGACAUCGGCAACCUCGUCCACGCCCCCCAUGUCUUGGACGGGAAAACCAAGCUGCCGGAGGGGAUCAAUCGCCGGGUCACCCGGAGCUUCGGCUCCCAGCUCUUGAAGAACAACUGCGCUGUGACGAACAAGAACGCAACAGCUCCUGCUCCUGCUCCUCCUGCCGCCCUGAAGCCGGUGGCCAGGAAGGUUCUCAAGCCCGCCCCUCGUCCUGAGCAGGCCGCCGCCAAGGCCAUCAACACUGGCUCCGACGAGAACAGGAAGCCGUCAGAGGGCGCCGCCGCCGCCGCCGGCUUAGUGCUCCCCAGAAAGAAGUUGGUGGACACGCUCAGCUUAGUGCUCUCCCAUCGCUCCAAGGAAGCGUGUGGCCUCAACCGCAAGCCAAAGGACGUCGUGGAAGACAUCGACAGGCUCGACGGCGACAACGAGCUGGCCGUCGUCGACUACAUCGACGACAUCUACAGUUACUACAAGACAGCGCAGCACGAGAACCUGCCGGUCCAGUACAUUGACAGCCAGCCCGAGAUCAACCCCAAGAUGAGGGCCAUCCUCGUGGACUGGCUCGCCGAAGUGGCGCAUAAGUUUGAGCUCAUGCCGGAAAGCUUCUACCUCACCAUCUACAUAGUCGACCGGUUCCUCUCCAUGAAGGCGGUGCCUCGAAAGGAGCUGCAGCUCGUCGGGGUCGCAGCGAUGCUCAUCGCCUGCAAGUACGAGGAAAUGUGGGCGCCCGAGGUCACUGACUUCAUUCACAUCUCAGACAACUCGUACUCGCGGCAGCAGAUCCUCGGCAUGGAGAAGAGCAUCCUGAACAAAAUGUCAUGGAACCUCACUGUUCCCACCAUGUACGUCUUCCUGGCGCGGUUCGCCAAAGCCGCCGGGGCCGGGAGCGACAAGGAGCUGGAGCACAUGGUGUUCUUCUUCGCCGAGUUGGCGCUGAUGGAGUACGGGAUGGUCUCGCUCUGCCCGUCGCUGGUGGCAGCCUCCGCUGUGUACGCUGCUCGGUGCACGCUGAACAAGAGUCCCAUUUGGACAGAGACCCUGAAGCACCACACCGGCUUCAACGAGCUACAGCUCAUGUAAGUUCUUC